GAAACAGCCAAUUCCUUAAUACCAAACCAAUAAAAACAAAAAAAUAUUCCCUGUUUGACCUUCAUCAAUUAUCAUGGUUCCAUUUGUCCUAUAAAUAGAGAAGUAACAUAAACAAACAAUCAUAUAGUUGUAUAUUUUCUUAAUAAAAAUGGCUAGUCCUAAAACUAACAUUUUGCUAUGUUGUGUUAUCAUUUGUCUUUCCCUUUCUUGUGUCAUGACACAUCCUCCUUCAUCUAAAGGUGUCAAAGGUGCAUAUUACCCUUCAUGGGCAUUUUCAACUUUCCCACCAUCAUCUAUAGACACAUCUUUGUUCACUCACAUCUACUAUGCAUUCCUUGUCCCAAACAACACAACAUUUACAUUCGAUAUCGACGAUGAAACCUCCACCCUCCUCUACAACUUCACCUCCACCCUCCGGUCCAAAAGACCAGUCGUGAAGACCCUCUUUUCGGUAGGGGGAGGAGGUGAAGGACCGGCUAGGUUCUCGCGUAUGGCAUCUACAUCCGCCUCUCGUUUGAGUUUUAUAAAGUCUAGCAUAGAAGUAGCUAGAAAGUACGGAUUUGAUGGAUUUGAUCUUGACUGGGAAUUCCCUCAAAACAAUAAGGACAUGGAGAAUUUAGCGAUUUUACUAGACCAAUGGAGAGUUGAGGUACAAAAAGAAUCUUGGAAGACAAGAAGGCCACAACUUUUGAUCACAGCAGCUGUUUACUUCUCUGUUGACUUCUUCUUAUGGGGUGAAUUCAGAUCAUAUCCUGUGCCUUCAAUCAACAAGAACUUAGACUGGAUCAACUUAAUGUUCUACGACUAUCGCGGAUCAUGGGACACAUCUGCCACAGGUGCACAAGCAGCAUUAUUCGACACGAAAAGUAACAUUAGCACAAGUUAUGGACUAAGUACUUGGAUCAAGGCAGGGGCCUUAAGGAGCAAGUUGAUCAUGGGAUUGCCACUUUAUGGUAGGACAUGGAAAUUGAAAGAUCCUAAUGUAGAUGGAAUUGGUGCACCAGCAGUCGGUGUUGGUCCUGGCGAUGAAGGGACAAUGACUUAUAGGGAAAUAGAGAAGUUCAAUGAGGAGAAUAAUGCUAAGGUUGUAUAUGAUUCUGCUACAGUUUCUGCUUACUCGGUUGCCGGAACUUCUUGGAUUGGCUUUGAUGACACUAAGUCUGUUGAAACAAAGUUAAGGUAUGCUCAAGCACAAAGACUUAGAGGGUACUUCUUUUGGGCUGUUGCUGGUGACAAAGAUUGGAAAAUCUCUAGAACAGCUAAACAAUCAUGGAUUAUUUCCUAAGAGAUGAAGGGGAAAACAAGUAUGUUUCCUUUGCCAAAUCCACUAGCUUUUGAGGACUUCUAUAUAUUUUGUAAUUCAUAAAAUUUCUUGGAAAUGAAUUUGUCUGUGAAAGUGUAUUGAAGUUGAAUAGUUCAUCUUCUUUUUAGUUAUGCACUAUUUAUAUAUAUAUAUGUUGUACCAUUUAGUUAUAUGUACCUUCAACUAAUAAAGUUUAUUAUAACUGUGAGAAAAUACAAACUUUUAGCUUGGAA